GUCACUCCCACAAACGAAUUCGUGUUUUCUUACAAACUUCCCAGCAGUUUUCAUACGCAAACGUUACACAUCGUAGAAGUGGAAAAUACAGUCAAAUCUGAUUGAAGAGUUCAUAACUUUUUGAACCAUAUCUUUCUGUGCGCUUGUUCUUACAUUCCAACUGCGAGCGAAAGUUACGCAAGACCCAACAUGGACGAGGCAGAGAAGUACCAGCAGAGAGUGCAGGCUAUAGAGGACAAGCGACGUAAGCAGCAGGAAGACGAGAAAGAAAGGAGAGAGAUGGAGGACGAGUGGCUGACGCAGGCCCAGCGCAAGCGGAAGUCCUUGAGGGACCAGUGGCUGAGCGAGAACCCCCAGCCUGUCCCUGGGCACAGCGCUGAGAACUACACAGAGGAGUUGCCAACUGAAGAGGAUAUAGUGGAGGUCAUUGAAUCCACAAGCUACACAGUCACCAAUGCCCAGAGCCACAGCCAGGCUGACAUUGAAGAGGGUGGGAUACAAGACAUCGUCAGAGCUGCUGGGGGUCAGGUCCCGGGGCCAGUAAUGGAGAGGGUUCUCCAUGAGAAUGGACUGGAAGGUCGAUCAGUGCUGGGGAUGGUUGCAGUGCAGGUGGAGAGGGAUUCAAAGACAGGGGUCACCAAGAUCAGGUCUGUGGUGCCCGUGUCUGGAGCACCCAGGGCCUUGGGGGAGACGGUGUUCAAUGACAGCAGGAAGAGCGUCCACCACGUCGGCGGGGCAGAGGGGCAGCCUUCUGCUGAGGAGCUGGGACAGCUCCUUAGUGUCAUCAACGAUGUCGGGAUGCAAGUGCUGCUGGAUGAGAUCCCAGUUGUACCACAACAGAAGGCAGAGGAGAAGAUAGAGGUUGGUGGUGGGAUGGAAGAGGAGGUGGACCCUGCUGCACCUACAACCCUGGGCUACACUGAGGAAGAAGUUGAGGUUGUGGGGCAUGAGGAUGAUGAGAUGGACGAGGAGAUAGAAAUAAGAGUGGUGGAAAUUGUGGAGGGGCCUAUCCGACCGACCGACCUGGGCUACAUUGAGGAAAAGGUUGAGGAUCUGGGCUAUAAGGAUGAUGAGAUGGACAAGGAGACAGGAGUAGGUCAGGUAGACCUUGUGGAGGGCACUGUCACGCUGACCUUCCUGGGCUACACUGAGGUAAAGUCAGAGAGGGAGGGUCUGGGCCAUGAGGAUGAUAGAGAGUUGGUGGAGGUGGAGAGGGUGAUCAUUUCUGACCCAGGUGAGGAGGAGAUUGUUCUUCAGUCUCCGGUUCUUGGGUCUGAGACUGAACCCUUCCUGGGCUACACUGAGCAAGAGGUUGAGGCUGUGGUGCAUGAGGAUGAUGAGGAGGACGUGAGUGGAUUGGUUGUCUUUGUGGAGGGCCCUGUCCCACCUGUCACCCUGGGCUACACUCAGGAAGAGGUUGAGGAUCUCGGACAUGAGGAUGAUCCCCCCAGACCAACCCCACGCUACAGAGCCGAGGAAACAGGAAAGAGGUCAUCCAAACACAAUACCAAGUGCUGCUCUAUCAUGUGAUUCUGCACAUGAUAGAGCAUCACCCCCCCCCCAUUCCUCUAAGCUGUGCCACUCAUGAUGAAUGGUCUGUAUGUGUGGCCUAAAUCUACAACAUUGUCUAAAUUGCACAGGAUGUGCUCCAGAGAAGCGUGUCUUUGCUCCUCAUCUAAAAUGUCACUGGUAUCCUCUGAGACUACAGUCCCACAUGGCUUGUGUCAUGGAGUGUUUACUGUUAUCCUCCUCUCUUCAAACAGCUCUGUGAACAGACUCCAGUGUGACUGUUACAAAGCCCUUCUGCCUCCUGCUGGACACAGUUCAGUAAUGCGACUAGGUUUUACUGCCAGAAUCCCAGCAGCACUCAUCUCACACUCCUCUGGAUUGGUUGUAUCAGCCCAAAACAAGUACUCCGCAUUAUGUCCUCUGGGAAUGAACCAAAGAUGAAGAAUACAACAACCACUGAUCUGUUUCUUUUUGGAAAUAGAUUUGUAAAUAUUCAUCUCAGAAAUGCCCGAUGUGCCUAUUUCAAUGGCAACUAACCCUUUUGUUCUCUACUUUAGAGUGUCCGCAUCACUAAUACAAAUGUUAUGGUUAUGAAUAUGAUAUUGUAUUCCGGCAGUGACCAAAACAGUCUGUUAAAGAAGGGUUGGUUGCCAUUACAUCUAUUCAGUGCGAUUUGUAUGUGUAAGUGUGUUUGGUAGUUGAAUUUUGAUUUAGCCAUGUCUGUUAAUUAAUCAAGGUGGAUUAAAAAAAACUGGAAUGUGUGUGAUUAUCAAAACACAAUAUAUUUCAUAUUCUUAAAAAUGUUGUUUGUCUCGUUCUUUCCUUUUGAUCAGCAGUAGCAACGUUCCUGUCAGGACGUUCAUGUAUAGGACUCUUUAUUGCAAAUGAGCUGUGGCAUACCAUUAA